AUGCCUGACGACUCUGGAACAUCGAACGAUAGAAACAACAGUAAUAAUUUACUGAAUGGUUCUGACGAAGAUUCCAACAAUAGAAGAAGAAAUGAAGAUAACCAACACAGUCAUAGCAAUCGUAAUGAUAGAACUUCUGCCUCCCAAAAUUCAUCUUCCAAUAGAAGUAAUUCCAAUAGGCUGCAUCGUUUGGACUUUGGCAUUUUUGAUAGAUUUAUGGAUACAUUUUUACGAGGCAGCAGAGGAAGAAACCAUAAUGUUCGUGGGCCUUCACCUGUAAGAAAUGAUAUCAGUGAACAACUAACAAAUGAAAACAAUGCCAGAGAUCAACAGGGACAAUCAGAACAAUCAAGCCAACGUUUACUGUCGGAACCACCUAGUUCCACUUCUUCUGCAAGUAACAGAGACGAAGAAUCUGAUCGUGCCAUAAUCAUAACUGUCAACUAUGUAUUUUCAGAUGAAAAUAGACCAGCUGUACCAAACAGAUCAGGGUCUUUAAUUAUGUCCUUGCCGAAUAAUGCAUCGAAUCGUGAACCUAGUGUGAUUCAAGAAUUUAUCCGUUUGGCCACUCAAAUGGCGUAUUCAUCUAUUGUUACUGGUCUCAAUCGCGAGAGAGGAACCACUAUAGAAAAAUUCAAAUCAUUUGAUAAUGUAAAGUUACAUGAUUUGGGCGAAAAUCAAAUUUGUUCAAUUUGUUAUGAGAAGUUUGAGGCUGAAGAAGAAGACGAAACGGUAUCUCACAAGAAGAGGCGUCUUGUGGAUGAAACAUCGCAGACAACAUCAAGUUCAUCAAAUGCCAGAAAUACCAGAGAGGGAGAAAGCGAAGAAGAACAGCCUUCGCCAUCUAAUCCGUCACAGCCAGUGUAUUUAUCUGAAUAUGUUGGUGAGUUUAAUCAUAGUGCUGUCAAAAUGCCUUGUUCUCAUAUAUUUGGUAAAGGUUGUUUAUGUGAAUGGCUUAAACUACAUACCACCUGUCCGUUGUGUAGAUUUUCCGUUCUGGAGGAAACUACACCAGAAACUGAUACAAAUGAUAGAACCAACAAUGUGUCAUUUUUCACAAUACCUGCUGAUGGUAAUACUAAUCCCUUGGGAAAUGUCACUGUUCAGAACAAUUUCAGUAAUGCUCCUUCGAAUGACCAACCUCCACCCCGAGUGCAUUAUUUUGGCUUCAGUCCAAUCCCAUCACCAGGUUCAACCACACCGUCACUGAAUUCAAGGUCUAAUCCAAUAGAGACUCCAUUGAGACGUAUAUUUCGAUCUACAAGAGCACGUCGAGAACGAGAGGCAAGACAAAACCAAGAAUCAAAUGAUUUCCCGCAUAUAGAUCCUUUUGCAUUUGACUAUCUUAGAAAUAGGUUAGCAACGAGUGAUAGACAGCCAGAACCACUAUUUCCUUUUGGUAUGAGUAGCAGAAGAACUGCCAAUGGUGUUGAAACGACACUGACAGAUCAAGUAGGGUCUGAAAGUGAAGACAAUUUGAACAUGAGAAGUCUUUUUGAUGCUUCUCCCAUGCCAGAAGCACGUCGAAACGAAGAUGAUACAAGAGUUGGCAAUGGUAGAUCCAGUAACGAAACCACCAGCAACAAUGAAAGUUCUACUAACAUUUCACAUGGUGAUGGUGAUGAUGUGGACAAUUUAUGA